AUGGCGGCGACACUCGGCUUCGGCACGGCGCGCCUUGUAAGGGGCCACGCCUUGAGCCCUUUGCGGCGGCGAUGCGCCAGCGCGGCAUCGCGACGGCCCUCGACGGCCUCGUUGCGUCCGCGGACACCCAGCACGGCACGCGACUUUUCGUCAGGGCCCUCGGGCCAGCGCCCUCGGUUCUCCCAAAGACUGGGUGAUGCACUCCGCAACACAAAGAUCACGUGGUACCAUAUUCCUGUCGGGCUCGGCGUGGGAUUUUUGGGCUUGGUCCAGUUCUACAAGGUCCAGGCGCGGGAGCGGGAGAAGCAAGAAGGCGGCGACAAGCCAAAGCCCCGACCAAGAAUACAACCUGAUGGACCAUGGCAAGUCCAAGUCAUGUCGACUCUGCCUCUCAAGGCCAUAUCUCGCCUCUGGGGCAGGUUCAACGAAUUGACCAUACCAUACUACCUACGCGUGCCUGGAUUCAAACUAUAUUCUUGGGUCUUCGGAGUCAACCUUUCUGAAGUUUCCGAGCCCGAUCUCCAUGUCUACCCAAACCUUGCCGCCUUUUUCUACCGCACCCUGAAACCCGGUGCGCGACCUCUCGACCCCGAUCCACAGGUGCUUCUGUCGCCAUCGGACGGCAAGGUCCUCCAGUUUGGACAAAUUGACGGUGGCAACAUUGAGCAGGUCAAAGGCAUGACAUACUCGGUCGACGCCCUACUCGGCAAGCACACGCCGAGCCCCAGCACCUCCAGCGCGUCACCGGUCGGCAGCGGCACCAGCACGCCCCGACAGCGCGAGCACGACUCUGGUAGCGACAACGACGUCAUCGGCAGGGACGAGGAGUUUGGCCGCGUUAACGGCAUCUCGUACACGCUACCCGACCUUUUGUCCGGGCAAAAGGACGACGGCGCGGCGACGGCGCAGCAGCAGCAGCAGCAGCAGCAGCAGCAGCAGCGUGCUGGCGCUGUCGAGGAUCAGUCGACGCAGCCUUCAUACUCGGCCGUCUCCGAGGUCCGCGCCGACCUGGCCCUCGGCGAGCGCGCGUGGUACGACGUCCUGCCGCGCGACAAAGCCACGUCGCUGUACUACGCCGUCAUCUACCUUGCGCCCGGCGACUACCAUCGCUUCCACUCGCCUGUGAACUGGGUCGUCGAGCGGCGGCGGCACUUUGCUGGCGAGCUCUACAGCGUGUCGCCGUACCUACAGCGCACGCUGCCAGGCCUCUUCACACUCAACGAGCGCGUCGUCCUGCUCGGCCGCUGGCGCCACGGCUUCUUCGCUUACGUCCCCGUCGGCGCCACCAACGUGGGCUCCAUCCGUGUGAACUUCGACCGCGAGCUGCGCACAAACAGCCUCACCACCGACACCGCCGCCGACCGCGCCGCUGAUGAGGCCGCCCGCCGCGGCGAGCCCUAUACCGGCUUCGCAGAGGCCACCUACCAGGCCGCAAGCCCCGUUCUUCAUGGCCAUGCUCUUCGCCGCGGUGAGGAAAUGGGUGGCUUCCAGCUCGGCAGCACCAUUGUUCUCGUCUUUGAGGCGCCCACAGCCUCGUCCGCCGGAGCAGCAGCAGACGGCGCCGAGAGGAAGGGCUGGGAGUGGAUGGUCGAAAAGGGCCAGACCGUCAAGAUGGGACAGGCGCUAGGCCGCGUGAAUGAAGAGUAG